AUCUGGCACUGUAUGUCAAAGUUCUGCACUCCGUCCACCACCCUGGCCGGCUACACUGCAGUGUCAGGAGGCAGCGAGGGAAACCUACUGGACGCACUCUACACCCAGGGUCCUAUCAGUGUAGCAGUAGAUGGUACGGGGAACUCAUUCCAGUUCUACACCAGCGGGGUGUAUUGUAGCAGCCAGUGCAGCAGCAAGAAGCUGAACCACGCCCUGCUACUGGCGGGAUACGGGACCACCAUAGACGGACAGGACUACUGGAUACUCAAGAACAGCUGGGGCACGACGUGGGGAAUGAGUGGGUACCUCAAACUGGCACGGAACCAGAACAACAUGUGCGGAGUUGCCACGGCAGCCAGCUACCCCAUGAUUUAGCCUCCGUCCAAGGCCUGAUCUUAUACUACACUACACCAUAGCCCAUAUAGAGCAUCACCAGUAGCUGAGGUAUUAUUUGCUGUACCCAAAAGAAGACACGAUUAGUUGUUUAAAAGCCUAAUCGAUGUCUGAUUUUUAUACAUGUUUUAUGAAAAGAGAGACUGA